GUGAGGAGAUACUGAUGGCGCCCGACUAGAAUGGAGGAGCAAUUAUCGCGUACAACUUCUUAUACAGUUUUGUCGUGUCUACUAAGUCAUAAACAAAUUCAACUCGCAAUACACAAUGGAAGGGGAGAUAGAGGUGGAGAGCAGCAGUGAUGUGGGUCCGUCAGGGUCCGGGAUGGAGGAGCCGUCGGAGAGCGGUAUGGGCAUGGAGUCGUCCGAGGCCAUGUCUGCAGACAGCAGUGACGCAGCGGCACCACACGCCUCACGCCACCACAGCCAGCACCGCCAUGGGCACGGUCACCAUGGGCACGGUCACCAUGGCCAGGCCCCAGAGUCAGACUGCCAUGUGGGACAAAGCUCAGAGGGUAUCCCGGCGUUCUUACCAGAGACCAGCUCCAGUACAGACGUCACCCACCACAGAGCCACCGUCCACCUCCCAGACUCCUCCUCUGUGGCCCAGUCCACCAGCGUCUCCACCGUAACCCAGUCCAUCCUGGUGUCCGGGUCGGCCCAGGUGACAGUCCACUCCAGUGCAGCGGUGUCAGACUGCGGGGGCAUGAUGGUGUCAGACUGCACAGCCUCUACCUCCUCAGACCUGGGAUCAGCCAUAGACAAGAUCAUAGAGUCCACCAUCGGAUCUGACAUCAUGAACGGAUGUAUAGCAGUGACCAGUGCAGAGGACGGAGCUGCCGAGACCAGUGAGGGGCAGUAUUUGAUACUACAAGGACCAGACGAUGGGGCCCCUAUGGUAGCCCACAUGUCGUCCUCGGCUCUGUCCAGCCAUCAUCGCAUCGCCAUCGAGGCUCUGGGAGAGGGUCCUACCUCCACCUGCCACGACCAGGGAGACAUGCAGGAUAACCUGGAUCCAGUCCAGCCCUCUGGGAGUCACUCUCACUCCGGCCACUACCCAGACCAUGAGGACCAGGACAACCAGCCUCAGCACUCCCACGCGUCCCAGUACAUGGAGUGUAGCGGUGGAGAUGCGGACGGACCUGAUCAGACUGGAGAGUCCUCCUCCUCGUAUGUAGAUGAUGAGGAACCCGACCAGACACGCUCCUCCCGCUCCCUCGUCCGGUCCCGUUUCCCUGAGUACGGUAUAGUCGACAACUCUGGACAGGACCUAAGGGGGUACGUGGAGUGUAGUGGUAGCGGUGCCACCGACUCCAACCCCUCGUCCCCUGCCCGCCUACGACACACCCACUAUAUGGUGGACUGCAGCGCGGGGACGGGGGCGUACCUGGAGUGUGCCGGGGACGAGGAAGAGGAUUCGAUGCAGCACCACUCUCGGAGCCACAUCGACAGCAGCAGCAGUGCUAACCACUCCCAGAGUCACCAAACCCUGCGGCAGUAUGUGGAGUCCGGGGCUGCGGUUGCAGAUUCAGAGCAGCCCGGUUGUUCCAACUCCCACUCUCAGAGUCACCAAACCCUGCGGCAAUAUAUGGAGUCUGGGGCUGCAGAUUCGGAACAGCCACGAUGUUACCAAUACCAGGCUGAGGAAGGGCAAGGAGAGGACCCAGACCAGCCACAGCACUCUGACCAGCAGCAGCCUCAGCACUCCCACUACAUGGAAACCACCAGCAGCAGCACUGGCCCAGAAGGUGAGGGUUCCACCACAGACCACCACCACCCCCAGGCAGACACCGCAGACUCGGGCUCAGCAGAUCAUCCAGAGGCUAUGGAGUGUUCUGAGAGCCAGCCUGGCCCUUACAUCAGUAGCAGUGGAACCUACUCCUACCAUCCGGAGCCUGAGGUGGAAGAGGCCCCUGAACCUACAUGGUCCCCCAGUUUGGAGAGGUCUUCGAGGGGAGAGGAGGAGGAGGGCGGCGUGGUGGGGGGCUCUGGGGCUCCAGUCGUGGAGGGGGGGGCUGGGAGCGGACCAGGGGUCGCCGUCCCCCACACCAUGGCUGAACUGGAGGAGAUGAUGGAGGUGGUGAUCGUUCAGCAGUUUAAGUGCAAGAUGUGUCCCUACAAGAGUGUCUCCAAAGACACCCUCAUCAACCACAUGAGAGACAGGCACUUCAAACCCACAGGUGGCCCCCCUCCUAAGAAGCGUGGUCGUGGUCGGCCCCGGCGUAGUGAUACGUUGGCCCGUCAGCAGGCUGAGGUGAAACCAGAGCCCCAGCCUGAGGAGCCAGAGGACGAUGACAUUGUAGACGCUGGGGCCAUCGAUGACCCUGAAGAGGACAGUGACUAUAACCCAGCAGAUGAGGACUGUAGGGGCAGACAGCCUGCUCUCCUGCGACAACCUGUCCCCCCUCCCUGCUCCUCCUCCUCCUCCACAGACCGCCCCAGACGCAGGGUGGGACGACCCAGGAAGUUCACCUACACAGAGGGCAGCUACAACGGCAAGGAAGCAGUAGCAGACGGGACGUCAAAGCCUAAGGGGAGUGUGGAUCCUCAAGGCUCGGAGGAGGCCAGUUCCUCAGGCCUGGGAAACGGCCCAGGUCCCUUGGCCAAUGGAAACACAGCGGAAGCCGGCAUCAGCCAAUCGGACUCUGAGAACAAAGACCCGUCGUCCAAUGGGAGGCCAGAAGAGCUUUUCCCAAGGAAACGCGGUCGACCCUCCAAGCGGUUCAUCAGAAAGAAAUACAAGAAGUACAUGAACCGCAAGUACUGUAAGUCUCUGAAGCCGCUCCUGAGGCCUCACAGUUGUUGGAUCUGCGGCUCUCGCUUCCUGUCCCAGGAGGACCUGAGGUUCCACGUUGACUCUCACCAAGGAAACGACCCAGAGUGCUUCAAAUGCCUGCAGUGUAACUACCGCUGCAAACGAUGGUCCUCGCUUAAGGAACACAUGUUCAACCACCAGGGGAACAAGCCCUUUAAGUGUGAGGAGUGUGACUACAGCAGUGUGUAUAAGAAGGAUGUCAUCAGACACUCUGCAAUACACAACAAGGACAAGAAAACAAAGACUGAGUCAUGUGGUCUGUCUGACUCUCAGCAGGUAUCUAAGGUGUUGUCGUUCCCGUGUCCAGUGUGCCACAGAGUCUACCCCAUGCAGAAGAGACUCACUCAGCACAUGAAGACACACAGUACCGAGAAACCACACAUGUGUGACAAGUGUGGGAAGUCCUUCAAGAAGAGAUAUACGUUCAAGAUGCAUCUCCUCACACACAUCCAGAGUGUUGACAACAGCAGGUUCAAGUGUGAGUUCUGUGACUAUGACUGUGACAACAAGAAGCUCUUGCUCAACCACCAGCUGUCCCACACAAACGACCGGCCCUUUAAAUGUGACUACUGUAAAUACUCCACCUCUAAAGAGGACUUCCUUGUCUCACACCUGGCCAUCAAACACACAGGAGAGAAACCGUUCUCCUGUGAGAUGUGCCACUUCAUGACGAAGCACCGUAAGAACCUGCGUCUGCAUGUCCAGUGUCGCCACCCGGAGGCGUUUGAGGAGUGGAGCGCAACGCACCCUGAGGAGCCCGUCAGGCGGAGGAGGAGACCCUUCUUCACCCAGCAACAGAUAGAGGAACUCAAACAGCAACAUGACGACACACCGGGCCUACAGAACACUAUACUGGCGGUGGAUCCUGAUACACUACAAGCCAUGCAGACAAUGCAGAACGCCUCAGUCUCCCAAGAUGCAAUGGGAAACACCACCAUCAUCUACGAACAGGCCGGAAACUCAGACCUGUCAGCCCAGAAUGCUCUGGAUCUGCUGUUGAAUAUGAGCAACGCCAGAGAGCUGGUGGGAAAUUCACUGCAGGUACAGGUGUUGAAGUCGUCUGACUCCAAUGUUCUAGAAGCAGGCUCCUGGACGGGCGUUACCUCGGCGACAGGGGGAGGGCAAAAAGUAGUGACCUUUCACGUGUCUGAGACCGGCGAGACCCUGGUGCAGGAGGUCCAGGAUGUGCAGGAGGGUUAUGAGGCAGGGACCAAUGAGAAUGGAGAGAUCACCCAGGUGGCCAUCCAGGCCUAUGAGGGGGCAGAAGGCUUCAGUGUGUUGGAACAGGUGGAACAAGCUACAGAGGAGAUCCACAGCACCGGACCUGGGUACAGCAGUGGCGAGGGCAGUCCUCAGCCCAUGGAAGAAGAGGAGGAGGGAACAGAAAUAGUCAGAGAGAAUGGAGAAAAGUACUACCUGACCUCCGGGCUAGGGGAUGGGGUGCUGCAGCAGGUCGAGCUGAGCAGUGAGGCCCCGGGUUCUCCCUCCAUGGUGGGUUCUCCCCAGCAGAACCAGCUCAACCCUAAGAGGUUCUCCUGUCGUAUCUGCAUGGAGUCGUUCCACGGCCGCAGUGACAUGGAGAACCACAAGAGGGCCCAUAUCGACCCCUCCACCUUUAAGUGUCCCGACUGUGACUUCACUGCCUCCUCCUGGCCAGUUGUCAAGACCCACAUGGUCAUGCAUGCCUACCUGAGACCUCACAAGUGUCCCAGCUGCAGCUUUGCCUCCAAGAACAAGAAGGAUCUGAGGAGACACAUGAUGACGCAUACCAACGAGAAGCCCUUCACCUGCCAGAUCUGUGGACAGAGGUUUAACCGUAACGGCCAUCUCAAGUUCCAUAUGGAGCGACUCCACAGCCAGGACCCUCCGACAAAGAAGAGCCGCUCUGGUGCAGGCUCCCAGCAGACCAUCAUAGUUAACAGUGACGAGGAGGCUCUCGCCACGCUACAGUCAGCUCUGCAGGCAGGACAGACUAUCAGCCCAGAGCAGCUCCAACAGGCCUUGAGUCAGGACCACAUCAUAAUGGCCCAGGAACAAACCUUGGGUCAGGACCACAUCAUAGUGUCUCAGGAACAAACCUUGGGUCAGGACCACAUCAUAGUGUCCCAGGAACAAACCUUGGGUCAGGACCACAUCAUAGUGUCCCAGGAACAAGGCCUGGAAGACCAAGAGGAGGCCACGUACAUUCAGCAGAUCACCACAGUGGACGGACAGACGUUACAGUACAUGACAGGAGACAACCAGGUCCAGUAUAUCAUCUCUCAGGAUGGAGUCCAACACUUCCUACCUCAGGAGUACGUGGUGCUAGCAGACGGGAACCACAUCCAGAUGUCAGAUGGACAGAUCAUCCAGUAUGAGCAUGAUGGGGCCUUCCUGCAGGAGCAACAGAUUGCCCUGAGUCAUGACGGGCAGAUCCAGUAUCUUCCCAUCAGUUCAGAACAACAGAUGGUCAGUCCUGAGGACCUGGAGGUUGCUGAACAUUCUGCCGUUACUGCGGUAGCAGAUGCAGCCUUGCAACAGACCCAGACGGUCUAUACAGAGGCCACACAAGAACAGCUGGAGCAGCUACAACAGCAGGGAAUCCAGUAUGAUGUCAUCACCUUCACCGAUGAGUAGAAGACCCUCUGUCGAACGGAUGGAAGUCGGGAGGGAUGGCUCUCUGUGAUUGCGGACUUGUCUCCUAGCCUGAUGUCCGUAUGUAGUGCAGGACUAGUACGGUGGAACCACGCUGACCAGUGACCUCCAGCAUGGUUCGACAGGAUCGGCCCGAGCGAGACUGCAGAGAAUCUACAAAUCAUUGUGUAAAAUCAUCCAAAACAGCUACUCAUUAUGCGAUCAAGAUUGGCAAAUCUUGGCAGGGUCUUGCCUAGGUCCAUCCCCCAGAACACACUGCUCUACUCUCUAGAAGCUCUGCCGUGCUUCAGAUACCCAGAACCCACUCCUCUACUCUCUAGGAGCUCUGCCAUGCUUCAGAUACCCAUAACCCACUGCUCUCUCUCUAGGAGCUCUGCCGUGCUUCAGAUACCCAGAACCUACUGCUCUACUCACUAGGAGCUCUGCCGUGCUUCAGAUACCCAGAACACACUGCUCUACUCUCUAGGAGCUCUGCCGUGCUUCAGAUACCUGGGAUGAAAGAAGCAGCCCUAGAGAGGAUUCUAGUGGCUGGUAGAUCUAUCACUCAUAGUGGGAGUGUUGAAUAGAUGAACUCUCACUGUUAAGUAGAUCUAUAAACAGAAGCUUUUGUCAAUUCUAAAUAUUGUACCCGUCGCCUUAUGUUAAUCAAUAGGGGUUGAUGUACAUUAAAGAACAAAGUUACACACGGUUGGAUGAUCUAGACUGUGUCUGAAAUGCCACCCUAUUUCCUACAUAGUGCACUACUUUUGACCAGGGCCCUUCAAAACUGGUGCACUAAAUAGGGAAUAGUUUGUAUUUUGGUACGUAGGCGUACUCUGUAAUUAUUUAAGAUCUGCGGUUUCCUCAACACCUGCUUUGACUUGCAAGACAAUGUCACAAAAGAAGAAAUUAAAAUGGACUGUGAAGACUGCCUCUGGAGGAUCGGAGGACUAUCAGACUACAGGGUUGAUUGUGAUUUGUGGUUUAAAAGGAGUGGUUAAUCAUUUGGUCAUUUGUACAUAUCUUUUUGCAUAUGAAGCAUUUUGUUCCAUGAUUUGCUUAAAUGAAAAUUGCUGAAUAAGCUAAAAGCUGAUGCCAAAUAAAUCACAACAUUUACAUAUGAAUCAUUUUGCAGACGCUCUUAUCCAGAGCGAUUUACAGGAGCAAUUAAGUGCCUUGCUCAAGGGCACAUCGACAGAUUUUCCACCUAGUUAACGCAAAGAUUCAAACCAGUGACCUUUCGGUUUCUGGCUCGGUGCUCUAAUCGCUAGGCUAGCUGCCACAUUACUACAUUCUGUCAGAUCUUUCACUUCCCUUAUUGUGAUUUUGUUUUCUUAUGCUUUCAUUUUGACCAGAUAAUUUAGUUUUUUUCUAUGACAAAAACAUUCUAGAGGUAUUGUGAUACUACUUGAAACUGUGAUACCUGAGCUGGUACCGUGACAACAGUACAACCAAUCAUCCUUCUACUCUAAGCCAAUAAUAAGUGUUCUGAAACUUGUAAAUUACAAGUUAGAGAGACCCCCCCCCCCCCCUUCCCAAAUGAAGGAAGUGAAUCACAAGGCUGGUCUCGGAACAAUACAGUAAAAGACCUGUCAACUUCAGUUGCCAUUUUUUGGUUGGAGACUAGGAUGUGUGGGGACAGCUGCACAGCCUCAGUGAGUACUUGACUGAAGAUGAAGAUUCUCUUUCUCUUGAUUCUUCUAUUAGAUGUCCCUGAGAUGGAAUCACAACAGAGGACGGUGGUGAAUGGACAAGCGUUGCUGAGAUUUGUCUUUCCUCCUUUCUACAACGGUUAUGAGAAGUUCUGUUCUAAACUAUAUCCUUGGGGAGUUUCUGUUAUUGUGAAUACCAGAGGAUAUGUCAACGACUUCUACGAGGGAAGAGUAUCCACAACCGAAUACAACGGUGGAAUGGACGUUGUGAUAUGGAAUUUAAAGCCAGUGGACACUGGCGACUACAGGUGUGCUAUUGUGACCAUUGGAUGGAAUCAUAUCUACAAAGACUAUAACCUCCAGAUUGAUAGUGGUCGACGUAGCGGUCCAGUAUCCCCUCGACCUCCGGUCAGGUCAACCAUCAGCCCCUUCGUCUUCUCUUCCUCAUCAGACACCUCUGGGCCUGUUUUCACCAAGGACCACAGUGACAGCCCCAGUGUUCCCUGGAGCUUUGGUUUACCACUAGCUGCAGGUCUUUGCAUCGCUAUGGUGAUUGUGAUCAGCUCAGUAGUCCUUGUUGUGGUUCAUCACAAAAUCAUCACGAAAAGUAAGAGGACAAUCCUUCAGUGUUUCAUAGAGAAAUGUGGAGCAACUUCCAGUGACUCAGCUGCACACAUCCUCUCAGAUGUCCUUCAGGAGGAGAGCAGUAUUGUCUACACCACAGUGGACUUCAAGCCUCAUGAGAACCAUACCACUGAGCUGUAUGCUAACCUACAGACACUCCGCAGCCCCAGAAGCACCGACUCACACAGAGAGCCUGCUGGGACAGUGGUGUACUCCACACUGGCGAGCAACCAACGCUGAACCCCAUUAUCUUUCUGAUGAUCCCAGAACUCCAAUGUUUGAAAACCUGCAUUGUAUAACCUCAACCUGGUUUAUGGCUCUAUUCAAUCAGAUCCACUUUAGUCGAUGAUUAAAGUGGGGUUUUUUUUUGCGGUAUUGGAGGUGGAACUGCCUACAGGUUUAUCAAAUCCACAAGCGGCUCCGGGCAUUAUAACUAAAGGUGGACACUGCCAUUGGCUGCACGGUGUCACAAUAAUAGAAAACCCACGCAGCUUUGUUUACAAGUUUGAACACUGCAAUGUGAGAUGUAAUCUACACCUCGAAUGAGGCUGAUAAUCAUUUUUUAAUUUGAGCGUCAUUAUUUCUGUUUAUAAACUGGGUGGUUCGAGCCCUGAAUGCUGAUUGGCUGACAGCCGUGGUAUAUCAGACCGUAUACCACGGGUAUGACAAAACAUUUAUUUUUACUGCUCUAAUUACGUUGGUAACCAGUUUAU